AUGGGGGUCAGGAUGAAAUCCAAUGCCCCGACUGGUAGGAGGAAGCUAGCCAAAAAAGAGGGGGACGAAGGGGAUGGUGGUGGGAUAACGAGCGAAGAGAAUACAAUGCUUGUUGAAUUGCAUGUUCAUUUAGAUGGUUCAGCAAAAUCAUCCACAGUCUGGGACUUAGGACAGAAAAAAGGAAUAAAUCUUCCUGGGAAAAACUUUGAAGAAUUCAAAGAUUAUGUCACCAGUCUCGAAGCAAGCAAUUUGCCAAAAAUUUUAUCUACGUUUGGAGUCUUUAUGCCAACAUUAGCCGGCGAUGGCGAAGCUAUCAAAAGGAUUGCCUAUGAAUUAUGUGAAUAUGAAGCCAAACAAGGCGUGGCAUACUUUGAAGCUCGUUAUUCCCCUCACUUACUGGCCAACUGUGAUGUGUCCCUUGAGUGGGGUCAAAAAGCCGGUCAGCUGAGACCAAGAGAUGUUGUAGAGUAUGUCAAUAAAGGACUACAAGAAGGCUGUCGAGACUUUGGUAUCAAAGGGAACACGAUACUUUGCUGUAUCAGACAUAAACCAGAAUGGUCAGCAGAGGUGUUAACAUUGUGUCGUGAGUUUCAAGAUAAUCCCAAUGUUGGUAUAGAUAUUGCAGCAUAUGAAUGUGUUCCAUCAGAUCCUUUGCAUAUACAAAUAUAUCAGGAAGCGGCUCGCUGUGGUGUACAUCGUACUGCCCAUGCUGGAGAGAGCACAUCAUCAGAAUCGGUACUGGAAGCCAUUGACAAGAUGAGUGUUGACAGAAUUGGUCACGGGUACAAAGUAUUAGAAGACGAUCAACUUUAUGAAAGAGUGAAGAGUCUUAAUACACAUUUUGAAGUCUCACUCACAUCAAGUUAUUAUACAGGAGUCUGUCAAGACUAUGUCAAUCAUCCUGUAAAAAGAUUUGCUAUGGAUGAUGUAAAUUUUUCUCUGAGUACAGAUGACCCGGGUAUUUUUCUCAACACCUUGGAUGACGAGUUUAGCAUUGCAUACAAUAAACUGGGAUUGAAUGAGAUGCAAAUGACGAAAUUGACUUUUAAUGCAGCAAAGUCAAGCUUCCUCCCACCAGGUGAAAAGCAAGAUUUACUGGAUAACUUGAGAAGAGUAUACAAAAUACCAAUCUAGAUCAAAGGGCUACGGACUUACAAUUUCACAGUGACCUCUGGGUAAAAUGAUUGAAGGUUGUGUGUACUGGAUAACUUGAGAAGAGUAUACCAAAUACCAAUCUAGAUCAAAGGGCUACGGACUUACAAUUUCACAGUGACCUCUGGGUAAAAUGAUUGAAGGUUGUGUGUACUGGAUAACUUGAGAAGAGUAUACCAAAUACCAAUCUAGAUCAAAGGGCUGGACUUACAAUUUCACAGUGACCUCUGGGUAAAAUGAUUGAAGGUUGUGUGUACUGGAUAACUUGAGAAGAGUAUACCAAAUACCAAUCUAGAUCAAAGGGCUACGGGCUUACAAUUUCACAGUGACCUCUGGGUAAAAUGAUUGAAGGUUGUGUGUACUGGAUAACUUGAGAAGAGUAUACCAAAUACCACUCUAGAUCAAAGGGCUACGGACUUACAAUUUCACAGUGACCUCUGGGUAAAAUGAUUGAAGGUUGUGUGUAAAUAAUUCUCUAAAAUAUUCAUUGAUGUUUUGAAUGUGAACGAAACUAGAGUUUCAUUGGGGGCAUGUAGGACUAUUAUGUGACUUAUUUGAUGUUUUCAAUGGACUGCAGGCAACAUUUGAUGAUUUGCAAUUAUUCCGCAAUUAGAGGAGCAAGUUCAGAUAAAUACUUAACACCCUUGCAAACUUUUAGGCCAGACUUUUUUUAUUCCUUGUUUCUCGAGUUUUUAUAAGGCAAUUUUUUUGAGGAGGGCGGAAGAAAAAUAAAAUUAAUUCUUUUUUUCCAUUAGAUUAGUGUGAUUCUCAAAGAAUUGUAAGUGAGAUCAUUGAUCGGAGAGAAGAAAUGAAAUAAAAUGUUAUUCCAUGUAUAACCUUGUUUCCAUCUGUGCGAGACUUCAGUACUUUGAUCAUGAUACUCCCAGGAAAAUGCAAAAAAAAUGAAGAUAAAAAUAAAAAAUUUUUAGCAAUUUUUUGCACUUACAAGUCGGCAGGCGCAAGAAAUUACGCUGAAAUAAAAAUUUUAUCUCAUUUUCGGCUCCUGUUCAUCCGGCGGGUUCGCGAAACAAGGGAUAAUAAAUAUCUGGCCUUACGAAUAAUAGUUGAAUAUAAUUCUUAAUUUUCUAGAUUCUCUGUAUUAAAAUGUAUACUUUGGAUUUUUACUUGCUCAAAGCAAAACCAGAAUAUUGAUUAAAUUAUAGUAUCAAAUAUUCUCUUUAUUUGGUGAAAAAACUUGAUAUUAUCGGUUUCAUCUUCAUUAGUUCAGUAUAUAGUCAGGCGGGCACAAUUUUUAUUUGUCCAUUUUGGUCAGUUUGUAGUUAGCUGAAUGUUAAGC